AUGGCACCGCCUAGCGCUGCGUGGUCGGUGCCGCAGGACGAGCUUCAUUUUCUGAAUGAGUGUCUCGUAGACGCUCUUGCGGUUCAUCUGCUUGUUUCCCACGCAUUGGUGAGCUGCACAGAUGGCGGGGAUGGGCAGGCGUGGCGUUGCUCACUCCUGGAGGAGGAUGCGCAGCUGUACCUGCGGCGGCUGCUGCAGAAGUACACUUCGAGUUCGGCGAUGCGGAGGAAGCUCAUUUCUGCGAGGAGCUUGCACUAUCUGCGGUGUCUCACAGAUGAGAAGACGCGGGAGGAGUUUGUCCUCGUCGCGGCGCAUCCAUCGUUUGCGGACGCCAUUUAA